GCAAUCUUGUGAAGACGACUUCCUUUUUUGUUUGAAAGCAAAUGGAAGGAGGAGAAAGAGGAGUCCCUAAUUAUGCGCUGCAAGUCUCGUUCUCCACCACUCCACAAGCGAUCCAUGAAACUGGGUUUAUACAAUUUGAAGAGAACCAAGUUAUGGGUUUCAUGGCUCCCUCUCUGUCUUCUCAUCAAAUUAUAUCUCAGCCUCUCAGUACUUCCCCUUUUAGUAAUACCACCAAUUCCCCCACCGCCAUCAGAUUCACCCAUAACGACCAGGUAGGGACCUUAGAUCCCCUUCCCAAAGCUGUACACGACGCCAGUAACGCCAAGGAUGCAAAUAAUAACUCAUGGUGGAGGAGCUCAGCCUUGGAGAAGAACAAAGUGAAGGUUAGGAGAAAGCUUAGAGAACCAAGGUUUUGUUUCCAGACGAGAAGCGACGUGGAUGUGCUAGACGACGGCUACAAGUGGAGAAAAUACGGGCAGAAGGUUGUCAAGAACAGCCUUCAUCCAAGAAGCUAUUAUCGAUGCACGCACAACAACUGUAGAGUGAAGAAGAGAGUUGAACGAUUGUCUGAGGAUUGUAGAAUGGUGAUCACAACCUAUGAAGGUAGACACAACCACUCUCCAUCUGAUGACUCUAAUUCAUCUGAGAAUGAAGCCUUUACUUCUUUCUAAUUA